GACUUAACUUCUUCAGCAAAGAGAAUUUGCUUAUAAAAGGACCAACCAAUUUCAUAUAAUUGAAUAACAAUUUUAUUGCUGUUGGGGAGAGGGUUGAAAUGAGCAUAAUGAGGAAUUUGUUGAAUAUCAUAGUAAUAAUCCUUUGUGGAUGCCUCUAUUCGUGUUGUACUGAAGGAGCUAGGCAAACAAAGAGUGGAGAAGUUUGUUCUCACACAAUUCAAGUCAGCUCUCUCUUCCCUUCGUCGUCACCUUGUCUUGUUUCUUCUAAAGCACCUAAUACCAAGUCCUCGCUGCGCGUGGUGCAUAGACACAGCACGUGUUCGCAUCUUAGCAGCGGCAGAGCCACGACGAACCCUGACCAUGACGAGAUCCUCAGGCUUGAUCAAGCGCGUGUGGACUCCAUCAACUACAAAAUUUCAAAAGACCGAGUCAGGCCGAUGAAGUCAACGGAUGUACCGGCUAAGAACUGGGGGUCGGGGCCCGGGACCUACAUCGUGACGAUCGGAAUCGGGACACCAAAACACGAUCUGUCACUGUUGUUCGACACCGGCAGCGAUUUGACGUGGACUCAAUGCCAGCCAUGUGUUGGUGGACAUUGCUAUUCCCAAAAUGAACCCCUGUUUAACCCUUCUUUGUCUUCUUCCUACUCCAACGUCUCGUGCUCAUCGCCGGUGUGUGAUUUACUUGAGAAACAAGAACUUAAUGGAGGUUGUUCGGCUUCCAUUUGCGGCUACAAAACCAGCUACCUUGAUAACGACGCUACCAGCGGAUUUCUCGCCAAGGAGAAAUUUACCUUAACGAGCUCUGAUGUCUUCGACGGCGUUAACUUUGGAUGCGGUAACCACAACGAGGCAAAACACAUGAAAGAAGUCGCCGGAAUUCUUGGCCUUGGCCCCGGCGAACUCUCUUUUCCGUCGCAGACGGCAAAGACCUUCAAUAAGAUUUUCUCCUACUGUCUCCCUUCUUCCGCAAGCAACUUCGCCGGUCAUCUCACCUUCGGAUCCGCAGGAAUCUCCAAAUCCGUCAAAUACACGCCGGUUUCAAGUGAAUCCUCUCACCGCCUCAAUAUCGUAGGUAUUACCGUCUGCGAUAAGCAAUUGGAGAUUCCUUCAACCGUAUUCUCAACUUCCAGUGCUGUAAUCGAUUCCGGCACAAUGAUUACUCGUCUUCCUUCCAUAGCCUACUCUGCAUUGGAGAGUGCAUUUAAGGAAAAGAUGUCAAUUUAUAAGAUUACGUCGGCUUCCGAGAUCUUGGAGACGUGUUACGACUUCUCCGGCUUAAAGACGGUGACAAUUCCGAAGAUCGCAUUCUCCUUCGGUGGCGGCACCAUCGUAGAGCUUGACCCAAAAGGCAUUUUGUAUCCGAUCAAGAUAUCGCAGGUUUGUUUCGCCUUUGCAAGGAACAACAAAGACACUGACGCCACCAUAUUUGGAAACGUUCAGCAGCAAACGCUACAAGUUGUCUAUGACGGGGCGGCUAAACGCAUCGGGUUUGCUCCCAAUGGUUGUACUUAAUCAGUAUAAUUGGAAAUUUUAAAUUUAAAGUUUAAUCACACCAAUCAGUGAAACCCUAUUUGCCUUGAUCGAUACACAUUACCGAAAUGUUGUUUGUCGAUAUAUAACAUUCGAAUAACAAUUUUUAUAGAAGAGAGAACUGAUAUUUUUGUUUUGUUUCCAAA